UGGCGUCCAGCCGUUCAACAACUGCAUGAACACUGGACAACAAUAGAGACAGGGCACUGGGGCAGAGUUUAUUUUUUAAUUGCCGUUUUGCUUUCGUGUCGUGUUAAACGCAGUGAGGAUGCUGAUGUAGUGGUAAAAUGGAGGCGGCUGAGUGUGUUUUGUAAAGACACUAACACACUGAAGCAGCUCGACCAGGUCGUAAUCGACACUCGAGUGAGUUUUUAAAAACGCUGUUGUUCUGGAUGAUGGCGGACUUUGUGGUGCCGGGGCACAGCGCGGUGGUGGAGCGGCUCCGGCGGCGGAUCGAACUUAUUCGGAGGCAUCACAGCAACUGUGAGAACCGCUAUGAGAAAACAGCGAUGGAGCGGCUGGAAAUGGACAGGCAGCAGACCUUCGCGAUGCAUCAGCGCUGCCAGCAGACCAAGGCCAAACACAAGAACAAGCACAGACAGCCGCCGGCGGCGAGCGCGGACCCAGUGCCGCAGAGAGUGACGGGCGGCGGAGGCGCGGAUCUGGCGGAUGGUGGGAACGGGACGCCCGGGGAGCAGAGCAGAAACAGCACGCUGAUCGCGUUGCAGGAGACUGUCAAGAGGAAAUUGGAGAAUGCUGGUUCUCCUCUUGGCCAUGAGCAUGGGUUCGGCGAUGGAUACCCACCCUCCAAAAACGCCUGUGUUGAGGAUGCACUAGGAGGUCUUAAUGGUGUUAAGAAUGGCGUGGUGCCACCUCUUUCACCCAUAGAAACCAAACACAGCACAAGUACUGACUCCAUAGUGCCCAAUGACAACCACAGGGUAGCUGCUGGUGUGCCUAAUGGUGCAGGCAUAACCGACAGUGGUAUGUCAUGUGGCUCAGAGUCAGAUUUUCAUCUCAAAGAAAUGAAGCAGGAGCCAGUAGAUGAUAUCUUGCCCUGCAUACUGCAUACUGGAGGUGCUAAUGGCAGCAACAACCUGUUCCCUGACCUUAACCUCAAUGAUCAGGACUGGACUGAGAUUAUGGAGGAGUUCAAUCGCUCUGUACCAUAUGUGGACAUUCAGGAGCUCUUCAGUGUUGGUUUUGGAGAUCGCAAAGAGCCGGAGGUCCUGUCCACAGGUACAGCUCUGGGCUUGAUCCCUCCAGAUCUGGACAGUGUGAAGACUGAAUUUCCUCCUGCCUCAGCUACCUCUAACUUUGAUCAGGACUCCUGCACUGGUUCGCCUCUGGUAAGACCCACCUCGUCUGGACCUUUGUUGCAGACCAACUCCCCUGUAACAGCUCUGCCCACAUCCCCAGCCUUGCCUGUGCCGCAACAUCCAAAACAGCCUUCUAUUCAGCCCACCAGACCUCUCCAGAAUCACCUUUUGCCCGGGCCACCCAAAGACAUGUCCCCUGCACAACAGCUGCAGCAGUUAGCAGCACGUGAACAUCACAGAACGCAGAUAUUACAAAGCCAGCCGCAGCAUGUGGUUCAAAAACAGCAGCAACAGCAAGCAACAAAAUUCCUCCAGCAGCCAAACCACUCUUCGUCUUGGCCCCAAAACACACCUACCCAAAGUCAACUGGGUGGGACUUUCCGGCUUGAGAAGCCCACUAGCCCUUCCUUGUACCCUAAAGACCUCCCCAAACCCCAAACCCUUCUCAUGCCAGGCCAGCAGCCUAAUAAGAGCUCUUCCAAGCCGGGCACUUCAGCAGGGUACAUGCAGUCUGCUGGAUGUGGCAACAUACUAAGCCAUCCAGCAGCUCCUAUGGGUCCCCUUAACCACCCGCCCAACCCAGGGGGGCAAACAGCAAUGUUGGACUACAGUAACACAAAACCUUUGUCCCACUAUGAGGCUGGAGUGCCAGGGGCCUCUAAGGGCCCUCCCACCACACAGAACAAACCAAACCAGGCAAUCCUUAACCUUAUGCGACAUCAACAGAUGCAGAAGCAGAGGCCACCGGGCAUAAACUUCCUACCAGCACACAUUCAACACCCUCCGGCCUUCCACACCUUCAAGUACCACAGCAACGUCUGCAGGCUUAUCUGCAAGAUCAGCACCCUCCGCCCGAAUUACAUAGAUGCCCAUUGUUGUCUGUGCAAUCCCAGACUCAGCCUCUACACUUUCACAGUCCUGCAGGAGAAACAAGAAGUAGAUGCUUAG